AUGAGGUUCUCUUCCGCCAUCUUCGCCGCGGCGGCGGCAUUCCUAGUCCCCGGCUCGCUGGCCGCCGACCCCAACAACUGCAACACCAAAGACAAGGCGCGCAACGGGGCCGACUUCGUGCUGGUCGAGCAGGCCGACAGCGCGCACGUAGCCUCCCUCUCCAAGGUGCUCAAGCGGGUCAACGUGUCGGACGUGUUCCGGGACGGCAACCACAAGAUGACGACCGACUCGGCGGGGCGCAAGCGUUGGCAGCAGACGGCCGACUUCAACGACAUGGAUACGGCCAAGUGGAUCCCGCAGGGCAUCUCGUCGACGGCCGACGCGGCCGCGGGCGGGACGUACGAGGGGAAGGACGGGUGGCUCGUCAGCUGGCACCGCGACGACGACAAGAGCGUGCGCGUGACCUUUGUGGACCGGGCCAACGACAAGUACCGCCACGCGCUGCUGGUGUAUCCGCACGCGGCGGAUAAUUUCAGGGAAGUCCCGAUCCAUGCCGGCGGUAUUGCGUGGUACGGCGACAAGCUGUAUGUCGUGGACACCAGCAAGGGCAUCCGCGUGUUUGAUCUGGCCAACAUCUGGCAGGUCGGGUCGGGGGACGCUGUCGGCAAGACUGGGAGCAAGUACUCGGCGGCGGGCUACAAAUACGUGAUUCCGCAGAUCAGAUGGUACAAAUGGACCUCCACCUUCCCCUUCCGCUUCUCGUGGAUCUCCCUCGACCGCACCACCACGCCCAACCAGCUCCUAGUGGGCGAGUACCAGACCGACACGACCGCCAAACCGGUGCGCAUGGCCAAGUUCGACCUAGACUCCAAGACGGGCCGGCUCAAGACGGAAGGGAAGACGGCCAAAGCCGCGUGGGCGUACUGCGUGGGCAUCGAGCAGAUGCAGGGCGCCGUGUCGGCGAACGGCAAGAUCUACAUCUCGCGCAGCCAGGGCGCCAAAGCCGGCGACAUGUUUGGCUGGGUCCCCGGCAAGGCUGCCUACAAGAACGCCGGCUUCUUCCCGCGCAGCCCGGAGGAUCUGAGCUACGAUAAGAGGCGGGGCGGGAGGGUGUAUGGCCUCACCGAGCAUGCCGGGCAGCGGUAUGUUAUUGACUCGGCCGCGAGCAAGGUCAAGUUCUCGUGA